AUGUCACAGGACGUGAUUGUCCUCCCCAUCAACCCAGGCUCCGACGGCGAUGGACGCAAAUGGCCAAAGCACGGACUCGACCGCAAUGACACCUACUACCUCGAACGCAUCGCCACCGACAAAUGGGCCCAUGACUUACCAGGUGGCCGUCAACCAAGCGUAACAUACCGCCUGGACCGUUUACCUCAAGGAUACGCCGGCUUCGAAAAGGCUCGGGAGGCUGAUAGAAAGCACGUGGAUAGGUACAUCUAUGGCCACCCCAAUGGGCAAUUCAGGUCCCUGGCGGAGUUCUACCCUCACUUCAAACACUUGAUGGAUUAUGGCGGGCCCGCUGGCUGCGAAUGUAAGCUCUGCACUGGUGGCAGCAGCAGGAAGCCUAAGUCGGGUGGAACGGGAAGUGGUGCUGAAGGUCGGCCGGCGAGAGCAAAACCUGGCAAGACUGCACCGACAGCAAAGCGUAGAGACCAAUCUGAAUCGGACGGACCAAGGCCGCAAAAGCGCGAGGUGGUCUAUGCGGAGGGUGUUCCUGACGUCUACGAGACGCUGAUAGAGAAGCUGAGAAUCGCUGGACCGGGAGGCAGUGUCGAUGAACCCAUCGAAGAGCGGAUGUCACCUGAUUGGCGUACGGGCAAUGCCACGAGCAAAGAGCUGCUACAGGAGUGGCGGUCUUUGCCAGGCUAUGCACCGCGGAUGGGUGAAAUAGUGUUGUUCGUACGCAAGAUCAACGGAGGCGAGGUCAUUGCUUUGUACGAUGACGAUGAGGAUUCAGCACAUUUUCAGCGUUAUGAUACUCAGGAGGGGCAGUGGCUCGGUCACCCUCGAUGGGAGGCUGGCGUGGUCACCCAGAUGCCGCAAGAGCCAACUCUCGACCAAGAUCUUCUGGACGACAUCGGGAAAGCGCUCGCAGUCAAUGAUUCCGGCUGGCGCAUCGAACCUCUCUCGCAGCCCGGCAGUGAGAACAAGCCGCAUGCGAGACAGUCGAAAUACGUACCACUCCAUCACAUAAGACCUUUCACACUCUGGUCCGAAUGUGUGAGCGGGCUGGAGCGAGACAAGUGGCAUCCUACCAUACUCCAUGCUGUCACCGUUGCAAGCAGCCUCUGCGUCAUCGACAAGUUCAGGUUCCGAGGGACGUGGCCGCAUGCUACUGUAUUCGCCAAAGGUGUCUACAUUGGCGCGGAGCUGAUCAUGGUCGGCGACACUGUUCGCUUACUGCCGCGCAAAUCAGAGCAGGACGAAGAUAUAGUGACAGACGUUAUGGUCGUGACUGCGAUCCGCUUCCGCUUCGUCAAUCUUGACCUGGACGACACUGCUAUCAUCACGCCGCCCCCGGACUCGCCCUACCAGACGUGCCUGCACAUUAGCGGCCGCAUAUGCACUCUUGAUCCCACAAGGAGCUUCGAUGGCGUCGGCAAAGUCCCCAUUGGUCCGAGCGAACUACCCUCUAGCCUCUCUGGAUAUGGCCAAUGGUAUCACUACCACGAUCCCAAGCGGCCACUCCUCAAAGCUGAAGUCCCUUACACCCGGGUCCUAGGACGCUGCUACGAGGACAAAGCAUUCCAAGCCUGGCUUGGCGAUUCAAAGCAACUCGCCACCAAAUGCCUCCCACCAAAUGACACACCGGUAGACAUCUCUUACGGCCUUGAGGGCAUUACCCAAGCCCGCAAAUACAGCCAGGACAGAGAUAGCCGCAUCGCGGCCCAGGGUGGCGGAAAGACAUGGUUCUGGGCCGACACCCGCAUUGAGCAGCUCGAUCUGCAUGAAGUGAACAAUCGCACUGUUGGCGUAAAAGACGCCGAGAGAACGAAGGGGCAGAUGGCGAAGUGGAAGGCUUCGUUGAAGACGCUGGAUGGGAAGAAAGUGGGGAUGGAAGAGGUCCAGGCGGUGCGAAAAGAGAAAGAGAGGGAGGUGGCGGAGGUGGAGAAGAUGCAGAGUUCGUAUGGGCUUGUCAACGCUGCUGUUGCUCCGACGCCCGAGCAAGUGGAGGACGAGAUUCUGGCCGGUGGGGAGGUUGGUGAUGGAGAAGAGGUGGAUGAGGAUGAUGAUGAAGAGGACAUCGAAGACCCGCAAGAUGACAUGGAGCUGGAUGAAGAAGAGGACUCGAAGCCAUCGAUGGGCAUGAUGGGAAGUCUGCGUGCCGGAAGCGGCUUCCAAUCCACGAAAGCUCCGAUCGAGCUCUCCGAUGAUUCAGAGGACGACGAGACGACGCAGCUGGCCGGGAAGCUGGCGAUGAGUAUCCGUAAUAAUGGGGAUCGGAAGAAGAAUGACAGGCAGAGUUCUUCCGGGCUGAGGUUCGGGAAUCAGAAGUCGCCUUGGUUGCACUGA